ACGUGAUACGUCAUAACAACACAUUUGUAACUACAGUGAUUAUAUAAAAUCUGGCAAACUGCCAUUCUCCUUUCCUCUAGUGGUGCUUUGUGUUUUAAGAAUUAGUUUAAACAAAUCUAUUCACGCGAUUCAGAGAAUAAUGUCGGUGACUGGAAUAUUUAGUCGAACUGCACGCAGUGUUGUUCCUCAUUUAACCAGAGGGGUUUCUUCCACACAAACCCCUAUCCAGGCUGCCAGCACUGCAGCUAUUGUCACAGAGAAGAAGCUUACCGAGAAACCAGUUUUUGAUUACGCCGAUGCUCUCAACCUGGAAUGUCGUUUAACUGAUGAUGAGAAGAUGGUCCGUGACGUGUUUCAUGAUUAUUGCCAGGAGAAACUGAUGCCCCGUGUAACUAUGGCGAAUAGACAUGAGACUUUUGACAGAGAGAUUAUGAGUGAGAUGGGAGAACUAGGAGUACUAGGCCCAACCAUACAGGGUUAUGGAUGUCCCGGUGUAUCCUAUGUUGCCUAUGGACUGAUUGCCAGAGAGGUUGAAAGAGUAGAUUCGAGCUACAGAUCUGCUAUGUCAGUACAAUCCUCCCUUGUAAUGUACCCAAUCUAUGAUUUUGGAAGUGAAGAGCAAAGAGAAAAAUAUCUUCCCAAGCUUGCCAGAGGCGAAUUAAUUGGUUGUUUUGGACUAACUGAACCUAAUCAUGGAUCUGAUCCCGCUCAUAUGGAAACCAGGGCUAAGUUGCAAUCAGAUGGUAAGGUCUGGCUACUGAAUGGCAGUAAGAACUGGAUUACAAAUUCUCCUAUUGCUGACGUAUUUGUUGUAUGGGCUCAGACUGAUGAAGGUUUAAGAGGAUUUAUCCUUGAGAAAGGUAUGAAGGGAUUAACCGCCCCUAAAAUUGAAGGAAAAUUUUCUCUCCGAGCCUCCACAACAGGAAUGAUAUUUAUGGAUGAUGUUGAGGUUCCCAUGGAGAAUAUGCUCCCGAACGUAAAAGGAUUUAAGGGUCCAUUCUCUUGUCUGAAUAAUGCAAGAUAUGGUAUUGCCUGGGGAGCUCUGGGCGCUGCUGAGUUUUGUGUUGCUCAGGCUCGUCAGUACACUCUGGACAGGAAACAGUUUGGUAAACCUCUGGCAGCAAACCAGCUCAUUCAGAAGAAACUAGCUGAUGCAGUUACAGAGAUUUCUCUUGGUCUUCAUUCUUGUCUUCAACUUGGAAGAUUGAAGGAGGAGGGUAAACUAGUUCCUGAGAUGAUUUCUAUUCUGAAGAGGAAUAAUUGUGGAAAAGCUCUAGAUAUUGCCAGACAAUGCAGGGAUAUGUUGGGAGGAAACGGAAUAUCCGAUGAAUAUCAUAUUAUCAGGCAUGUAAUGAACCUGGAAGCUGUGAACACUUACGAGGGAACUCAUGAUAUUCAUGCGCUCAUAAUUGGUAGAGGAAUUACAGGAAUACCUGCCUUCUCAUAGAUUCAGCCCAUUCAUGAGGAAUUACAGGAAUACCUGCCUUCUCAUAGAUUCAGCUCAUUCAUGAGGAAUUACAGGAAUACCUGCCUUCUCAUAGAUUCAGCUCAUUUAUGAGGAAUUACAGGAAUACCUGCCUUCUCUUAGAUUCAGCUCAUUUAUGAGGAAUUACAGGAAUACCUGCCUUCUCAUAGAUUCAGCUCAUUCAUAUGAGGAAUUACAGGAAUACCUGCUUUCUCAUAGAUUCAGCUCAUUCAUGAAGAAUUACAGGAAUACCUGCCAUCUCAUAGAUUCAGCUCAAUCAUGAAGAAUUACAUUAAUGCCUGUCUUCCUAAAGAUCCUUAAUCUUUUCAUGUCUUAUAAAUUCAAGACUUCCAUACAGGAUUUUAGUAAAUAAUCUUAAGUUGACCUUGCUUUAAACCAAUCAAUACUCUUCUUCUUUAUUUUUAUGAUUCAGCCUUUCUCACCACAAGGAGUUAGUUCAUUUCACUUCAAUUUUAACCAGCCGCAGGAUAACCUUAUGUGGGUUCAGCUAAUUUGCAACAAGAUUGGUAAAAUUUGCAUGGAUUCUACAGCCUUCAGUUUUUCUAUAUACAGAGAACUUGAAUCUCAAUACUAUUAUUACAUCACAAAAUUACAAUGCAACCUUUAUAUCUAGUUUAUUUCUAAUAAACUAAAUAUCAUUAAAA